AUGGACGGCUUCGGGGACGCCCUGCUGGGCACGCUGCUCUUGGCGCGGCUGCCGUCGCAGCCGCCGGAGGUGCUCUACUUCUACCAGCCUGAGGAGGAAAUCGACAAUGUCCUCUUUCCGGCUGCUCUGCAGGACCCGGAGCCCGAGAGCCCGGUGCGCAGCCCCGUCUUCCUGCGGGCCCGCGACCCCAACAACAUGGGAGCACCGCUGAUGGCCUCAGCGGAGGACCUGAACAAGCAGGCGCUGGAGUUCUUUGGGGUGCCCAGUAGCAGCUUGGCCAAGUUCGUGCUGCCCAUGUCCGAGAGCAUGAUGUGCAACCAGAGCGCCAUCAUGGAGCUGGAUGCUGGCUUGUUCGAGACCUCGCACCGCCACAACUACAAGGAGAACCACGACCACCUGCUCUUCGUGUCCUACCCCUGCGGCUUUGCCAAGCUGAGCGCGCGGCAACUGGAGAACUGGCCCGAGAAACUCCCAGCUGGGACCCGGGUGCAGUGCUUCAACAUCGUGCAUGUACUGGACUCGAAGCGGGUACAGCGCCUGGAGACGAGGGUCCGAGUGUUGGCGGAGGCAACGGAGCAAGUCUCCAACCUCCUUGCGAAGCACGAGGUGGAGAAUGGCUACGUGUCGAGGGAGGUCCGGCGAUUGAAGGAGGUGAUGCGGAUGAAGAGCUUCCAGGACCUGAAUGACCUCGAGCUGAACCAGCAAAAGGCCGAAAGCGAAGGCGCCUCCUUGCAUCCACUGGAGCUCCUGGUUGCGGAGCUGCACAACAACAUGCGGGUGGCGGGCAGUCAGAAGAUCCUGGUGAACGGGGAGGAUCUCUUCCGGUACCAUGCCUUCGAAGAGGCCGCGCCGGUGCUGUCGCCCGUGCAGGGCGUCUCUUUGUCCCGCGCGCGGGAGGAGAUCAGCUCAGAUUUGGGCCCAGACACGGACGAGUGCGUGCGUACGCUGGUGCAGUACGCGGACCCCGCGCUGAGCUUGUCGGAGCUGCACCUGCACACCGGGCUGGACAUGCACCACCUGCAGGAGGCCGCCCGGAACCUGAUCAUGCUGAAGAAGGCCAAGCUGGUGAACGUCUUCCGGGAUGACAUCCGGGUGGGCCUGGCGCCCAACGUGGACACCUCGAGGGACUCACUGGCGGCCCAGCACUUUCGGGACUGGCGCAAGAAGCAUCCGACCCCGGAGACCAAGGACAAGAAGUCCACCACCACGUUCACGGAGGCGCUCACGCUCUUCCACAAGGGCCGUCGCCUGGGGGAGAUCAAGGAGAGCUUCUCUACGGAGGAGGAGUUCAAGAUGAUCCUGGGCUAUCUGGUGGCUCAAGGCCUCGUGGUUCAGCUGGGCCAGUUCUGCCACUUCAUGCCCUCGCGGGCGAAGCGGGAGAGGCCCAGCGGCUUUGCGGCAGGCAGCGGCUUGCGCGAUCGGUACCUCCGUGAGGGCAGCCCGGCGCAGUUCAAGGAGUCGGAGUUUCGGCUGUUGGAGGGCCGCAGCGAGGACGAGGGGCAGCUGCGCUUCUUCUUGGACUUCGUGCUGGAGAUCGUCCGACCCCACAGGCGUAUCGACGGGGUGGACUUCCAGACAUUGCUGAAGCAAGGCAACUGGACGUCGCAGCAAGGGAUGAAGCUUUUGGCCGACAACGAUGACAUCUUCGUGCUCUACUCUAGCCGAUGUUAG